UAUGAAUUCUCUCAUGGAAGAUAAAAAACAGGCAAAUAGAAGUAUGGUUGAUGGUCCACUAUGUUUCAAAGACUUGUUUGGCUUUAGAAUAUCUGACUUUUCAAGUUGGAGCCGCUUUAGGAGUCUUCUUCAUAGGCCUAUGGAUCCUUCUUUGAUAGCCUAUGUUCGUAUAGCAUAUGGAAUUUUGAUGCUAUUAGACCUUUUCCAAGAACGAGGUCUUUCUCAGGCAGAUGUCAUUUGGGUGAAUGAGGAAGAGUGUCGGUUUCCGUUGAUAAAUUUUCUUAAACCUUUACCUCUGAGAUGGAUGUAUGUGCUAUACGCCGUAAUGCUCAUAGACCUAUCAUUAGGCUUUUUCAUUUUCUUUGACCAAACAAGAAUCUUUGGCUUUAUCUUUGGAGCCAGUUUCCAUGUAAUGAAUUCUCAAAUGUUUCACAUAGGUAUGUUUCCCUAUGUCUGCCUGGCUACGCUCUUCGUAUUUUGUAGAUCUGAUUCUCCUAAAAACUUUGUUAAAGGACUUCCAUGCAAGUUCCAAAAAUUCUUUAUGACUAUAGCUGAUUCUGAAAAAUCGACUCAUUGCUCAUAUGGAGAGGAAAAGACUGACAUUUCAGUGAAGACUAGAUUUAGGCAAAACGGAGGCUGUAUUUUCACUAUACUUUAUAUAGGUAUUCAAUUAUUCUUGCCUUUUUCUCAUUCAAUUACGAAGGGUUAUAAUAAUUGGACCAAUGGUUUGUAUGGCUACAGCUGGGAUAUGAUGGUUCACUCUUGGCAUACCCAACAUAGUCGAAUUACCUUCGAAGAUCCUGCAACUGGAGAGAUUGGAUAUCUUGACCCUUCUGCUUUUACUAACUCUAAACGAUGGACAUCGCAUGCAGAUAUGGCUAAGCAAUAUGCAGUUUGCAUAUCUGAGCGACUAAAAAAGCAUGAUUUACAUAAUGUCAAAAUAUAUUUCGAUAUUUGGAAAUCAAUGAACGGGAGAUUUCACCAACGACAGUUCGAUCCUCGUAUUGACAUUGUAAAAGCUAAUUGGCAUCCAUUUAAAGCUACAAAGUGGGUCCAGCCGCUACUAAUAGAAUUAUCAAAUUGGAGAGACGAAUUAGAGAAAAUUAGACAGUCGUAUUAUUUUUCAGAAUUUAUGGAUGUUACUUUCAUAGCUGAUUUUCCUGGAUUGACUCUAGAAAACUAUAUUCAACCGGAUUUUGAGAACACGACGCUAAAAGUUUUAAAUGGAACAGUUCGAUUUGAAUAUGAGGGAUAUACAAGAAUAUUACAUACAAAUGAAACUAUAAUUUUACCUAGUGCUACAUAUCAUAAUGUAACAACAAUAUCUGACAAACCGUCUUGUUACAUGUACAUAUAUACCAACGUUUCGGAAUCAAAAAAAAGACAAAAAUUAAAUGAAUGGUCAAAGAAAAACUAUAGCAUCCCAAUCGCGAGAAAUCGGGAAGACGUUCAACUUGAAAAUAACCUAAAUGAUUUUUUAGGGCAUAAAACGAAACGUCUUGUCAAAAGUUUAAAAAGUAAAAGUUGGUAUGGAAAUGCCAUUAAUUUCAUUACGAAGAAGUUAAAGCAAAUAGCUCGAGGCUUAAUCAUGUCCUAUUAUGGAAUAGCUGGAUUGUACAAGAAAGAGAAUAUACACAAACUUUAUUCCCAAGCUGUGACAGUUGAUGCUUAUCUUUUUCCUGAGAAAAUUGGAAAGCGUAAGCCCAUAGAUGAAUAG